AUGAGAUUUGGAUGCAGUUGUUACUUUAGGUGUAAAGAGGAGAAGACUUGGGAUGAUAGCAGAGCUGACUGUCAGCAGAGAGGAGCACAUCUGGUCAUCAUAAACAACAAAGAGGAACAGGAGUUUGUUACUGAGCUGAGUAAGGAUGAAGAAUCCUGGAUUGGUCUACGGUAUGAAGAGAAACAAGGAUGGAAAUGGGAAUGGGAAUGGGUGGACGGAUCACCGCUGACAGAAAAGUUCUGGGCAGCAGGACUGCCUCGCAAUGACAGUUACCAUGCUGCAAAAUGCUGCGAUCAACAAGGAAAAUGGACAGGAAGAUAUUUUGCUGAUGAUUUUAAGAACUGGAUCUGUGAGAAAAAGAUUCUCUGAACUCUUUGAUGACAGAGAGGUGUGUAGUGUUGGGAUCAGCUUUGUUAAAUCAGACCAAUUCUUUAAC